CUUAAAUAUAAACUCCACUACCAGGAUGGAAGGAGAAUGUAAAACCGAAGUCAGGCUGAGAGAACCUCGGGGCGUCCCGGAGGUAAGCAGAGAAGCCAUCGACCUUCUGAGGGCCAGUGUAAAGCCAGCAGCGGUCACGUCCAGUGGUGACGUGCCUGAGACACCCAGGGAGAACAUGCAGACCUUGGAGUCCUGCCCCGGAGAUGAAGGGCACGUCGAUGUGGCUGGGAGGCGUUUUUGGGAAGUAUGGAAUGGUGUCUCAGACCUCGGAUGCUUUCCCUGGAAAUGUGAGCCACGUGAGUGGAUGAGAACCCAGAGUCUUACCCAGAAGUGUCAACAGGAUCAGCUGCUGGCGGUCGGCUGUGUUAGGAAGAGAGCAGGGGCAGUGCUGGGGCCAACUGUGGCUCCCAACCAUGCAGAAGAGCAGGAGGCGAGGAUCCUGAUGGACAGGGUGGCUGAUGGUCACACCAAAGAAGUGGUGGAACCCCACUCCGAUGUGGUCCAUUCGGGCCAGCAAAUGGGAGAGCAAGCAAAGAGGCUUCAGACCUGCAUGGAAAACUGGAAAAAUGUGCUAGAUGCCACCACAGAUGACUUUGGGGAGGAGAACAUUGUGCUGGAGGAGGUUUCCCAGGAGAUAAAGGAGAUGGAGACAACACUUUGCCAAAACAUGACUGGAGACAAAAAUAUUCAGAGAGAAUGGAAGGAGAUGGUACCUCAAAAGAGCACCACCGAUGGUGACGAGUCAGCUGUGCAGGAUCUGGAGCUGCCCUGCAGGGAGAGGGGAAUUUCACCCCCGGAGGAACUUGAAACGGAGGUGACACCGGAACUACAGGUCCUGUUCCAGCGGGUCAAGGUUCUGGAACAUAGCCUUGGGGACAAUGUCAACAGCUUCAUGGCGUCCAAGGAGGCCCUCAAGAACCGGAUCAGAGAGCUGGGGGCAUCCGAGCGGAAGCUGCUGGUGAGGAUGGGGGACCUGAUGGAGCAGGUUGCAGCCCCGAGUGCUGCGGUGUCCCGGCAGAGACAGGAGGAGAGGCUCGGCAUGCUGAGGGAGGACGUGCAGAGUUUGAGGACGGAGAAGGAGAGGAGCGAGAGGGUGUGGAAGGAGCGGCUGAGGCGAUGUCAGGAGCAGCUGAGAACCAAGGAGGAGGAGAUGAAGAUGCAGAGCGACUACUUUGAGCACUUCAAGCUGAAGCAGCAGCGGAAGCUGCGCCUGGCCCGGGAGUACGAGCACGCCCUCCGGAGGCGGGUGUACGAACUGGAGAGGGAGGCCGUGGACCUGACGGCCACGGCCGCGCUGCUGCGUGCCGAGCUGGUGCGGCGGCCGAGUGGGGAGCCGCCUGAGCAGGAAGGCUGGGAGGAGGAGAGGGACAAGCUAAACGUGUUGAUCAGCGGCCUGCAGGAGGACCUGCGGGAGCUGCUGGGGUGCGAGGAGGCGGGCCAGGAGGAGCGGCGUGCGCUGCUGGAGCGUCUGCAGGCCGCCGAGGAUAACGGGGAGUUCCUGUCUCACCGGCUGGAGGACCUGCGCUCCCGCAUCCAGCAGCUGCGGCUGUCAGAGGAGCGGCUGCAGGCGGAGCUGGAGGAGCUGGCUGAGGAGAACGGGCAGCUCCAGAUCCGGGCCCGUAGGGGGCGCCAGACGCUGCCUGGGAUAGAGAAUGGACUCCAGGAAGCCAUCCUAAGGGUUGGUAAUAAUGAGACUGCUGACAUCACUGCUAUUGAAAAGCUGCUGCAGCUGAAGUGGGAAGCUGCCCUGGACCCGGCUAGAACUAAAGGCGCCCAAACCCCAUCCAUGACGCAGUGCAUCCAGGAGGCCAUCGUGGUUUCCAAACUGAUCCCUGAGAUGUCCAGGUCUCAGUCCGGCUCUCAUGAGGGAUUCUUAGAGAUAUCCUUCCUCCCGCUGCUGGAGACCAACUCCUUAAGCUUGGUGGAGAUCAUGCAGAACCUCCGCUGCGGGGGGGAGGAGCAGGUCCACCAAAAUAUGGAACAGCUGGAGUCACUUAAGAGGGUGUUGGUGUCGCGGCCAGGGGUGGUCGAUCACUCCCAGAAUGAAGAGGGUGGUAUUUCCUUGCAUAAAGAGGUGAUGGCCGUUCAAUUUCCACCAGACCUUGUGAAUCUGUUUGGGAGCCAACUCCAGAAUUCUAACAUCAUAUCACUGGUCUCUAAAACUAUGGACGUGGAUUGUAAUUCUGUGGACAAUGAUCCACCUGCCACGGAGCUCUCCUGUAGUUCAUACACCUGUGACAGGUUCAAGCCCACAAAUGAGGAAAUAAAGUUACUAAAUGAAGCUGUGCAUCUGCAAUCUGAGAUAGGGAGUCUCUCUAACAGCAAAAAAGAGCCGGAGUCACUUGUGCACGGCAAGGAGGAGGCCGUGCAGAGGCUGUCAGAGGAGAAUGCUCAGUUACAACGCAAUGGGACAGGCAGCUGCUACAGCCAAGGGUCCUAUGAGGACCCAGUGAUACUGAGCUGUGAGAAGGAUGAGCUGCACCUGGAAACACUGAAGAACAACUGGAGGCAGGAAAAUAAGGUUCUUGGCCGGCGCAACGAAGAACUUCUGGGACAGCUAGCCCAGCUGGAAGGUGAGCACGAGCGGGAACUGGCCCAGCUGAGGCUGCAGGUGACCAUGCUGGAGAAGGAGGUAGCUUGUUUGGAGGAGGAAAACAAGGAACACUGCUGUGCAGCAGAGGAGGACCGGAAAGCCAUCAAGGAGCUGCAGGACGCUCUGCGGAUGAGAAGCGAAGAGCUGGGAACCUCGCGGCAGAAACAGGAGGAGGACAUGGCUCUUAUUGCUGAGCUCCGGGAAACCCAACGCAAGAAGACAGAGCAAUCUGUGCUCCUGGAGGAUGUGACAAGCCAUAUCUCCUACGAUGCUUCUGCAGGAACCUGGAAAGAGCCUCAGGUGGAGGAGAGCAAAGAAAUACAGAAGGAGCAGCAGAAGGUCCUCAGGAUGAGCUCAGACGCACAGACACUCAGGAAUGGAGGGAGCCAAGAGGUGACUUCCCCUAGGAGCGACAUCAGCAUCUUGUCCUUGUUUAGGAGCACCUCAGUAGAGGGCAAGAACCUAAAAGAGGAGGGGCCACCUGACGCUGGCAUGACUACAGAUGGAAUUCAGCAGAACCCAGAGCUCAAAGACCGUCUAGGAACCAACAAGGGUGUGAAGCAGAGUGUACAGAAAACAAGAGUAGUAUUCAGAUUAUCUAGAGAGCCUCAGAAGCUACUGCAGUGCACACCAACGAGGGAAAGGGAUGUGUCUCCUCAAAACGACAAAGUUACACAACAAAGCCACACAACUAUCUACUCAUACAAAACAGUCAACCUUGGAACAACCUUGCAGGAAGGGCCUGAUGUUGCAGAGGAGCUGAACGGUGUGAGGAAGGAGCUGGCAGCCACUGCAGCAGACCUACAGCGAUCUCAAGAAUACCUGGAUAGGGCUAAAAGUGAGGCCCAGAAGUGGUACCGGGAGUUAGGCCUGGUGGAAUCCAGGAGAGAGGAAGCAGAGAAGAAGGCCUCCCAGGCUCUGAAUGAACUGAGGAGGGUUAAAGUCUGCCUCAAGGAGUCAGAGGGGAUGAAGAAGGAAAACAGUGAACUGAAAGACGAGGUAGAAGAACUAAGGAGACAAAUGACACACCUGGAGAAGGAGCACAUGAAUGCUGUCUCUAUGAGCACCCGGCUGGAGGAGAAGCUGGUCUCUUUGCUGACCUGCCUCGAUGCCAAGUGUGGCACUGAAGAUGGACAAAGGGCAAAGAGCUUAUCCCUGGAGGGAUAUGAGAGUGCACUAGAGACCUGGUGUGAUACAAUCAAGAACCUGAAGGUGCACUAUGAUGACAUCAAAUACCAGUUUGAGGAGCUCCGUAAGAAGAAGACCCAGUGUGACCUUGACAUGGCUCCUCUGAAGGCCAGGCUGGCCUGCGUGGUGCAGAAGUGCCGAGAGAGGAACAGCCUGAUCGUCCAGCUGGUUCGUGCCCGGCGCAGGUGCGGCUGCAUCCCCCAGCCCCUGAUGCAGGAGGCCGAGGACCUGGUCAACGACACGGCGCUGCUGGAGUACUCCAGCGCCUUCGGGCCCACGGCGGCUGCGGUGCAGGAUAAUCUCAGAGAAUCGCUGGGGGCAGGAAGAACAGACAGUGCAGAAGCAGAUCUUUGGUCUAGCGCUCAUGGAAGCCUGAUGGAAAAGGCCACACCCCUCAGCUACAGACUGUGUGUGGCCAAGACUGACUACCGUCCCAGUCCUGAUAUGCCACAGACAGCACUGCCCAUACUUCCCCUCUCUGCUGGGGAAGAAGUGCAGGUUGCUGGCGUCCCAGACGGGCGAGGGCUGUGCCGUGCUGAGGUGAGGGGAGAGCCCGGUUUGGUUCCUGCGUGUUUCCUAGAGGAGAAAGACGCCAGUAGGCAAUCGCCCCCCCCAGGCAGCGAUCCUGCAGGGUGCCCGGCGAGGCUGACGGGUCCUGAAAAGAUCCUGGAAGUCCACCGUCAGCUGCAGCGGCUCCAUCGCAGUAAUUACCAGAUCCUUCCCCUGGCUGAAUGCAAUUCCAAACCGGAAUUAGGUCACUUUUCUGCCUCUGCCCAAUUUCAAUCCCAGCAUGCCUUGUGUGGCCUGUCCGAGGCCUCUGGAGCAGCAAGAAGCACCCCUCCUUUUCACAGGAAAGGGGAGGUGAGGAGGGGGGAGCGGCAGGAACCCCAGCAGGAAAGGAGGAGUGACUUUGCCGAGCCAGUCGGGACAGCUGCAAAGGACGUGCCUGUGAUGCUUAACAAUGUGAGACCCCCAGGGGGCGACGUCUGCAGAGCCGCCGCUGAAGACCGUCUGCCUGACGGAGCCAACAUGGCUGCCACUCCCAACGCUCUAUCUCCUGAAGACAGACCCCUCAGAGCUAAGCUAGAACCUCCAGCUCCCGUGGUUUCGCUGAAAGUCAUGAAGACAGUGGGGCAGAGCGGGCUGAUGAUUGGCUGGGAGAGGCCGCCGCUGGACGAGCUGGGCUGCAGUAACGGCACCUUCGUGUGCGGAUACCGCGUCUAUGUAGAUGGAGAGUUCCACAAAUCCGUGAUGAGCUCAGCUUGUACCAAGGCGGUUCUGGAGAACCUGGACCUGUCUGUGCCAGUCCACAUCAGUGUCCAGACUCUGGGCUCAAACGGGCUGCUUGCUGAGAAGGUUCACAUCCUCUACGAGGGCAGCUGGCCACCCACUGGGCCAGCGCCGACCCCGGGGGCCCCUGUUCGACGGUGGCAUAGUUGGACCAGCCAGCCGGUGACCUCCAGAGCCCCAGCGCUGAAGCAGCCCAGCCUGAAGUCCCCUACUGAACCUGCACUGUGUGUGGCCAUCUAUAACUACAGUCCCCUGAAGGACAGCCCCAACAUCCACCCCAGCAGAGAGCUGGCCUUUCGGGAGGGGGACGCCGUGUGGGUGUUCGGCGAGCCCAGACGGGAUGGCUUCUGUGACGCUGAGGUCAACGGGACACGUGGCCUUGCACCAAUGGCGUUCCUGGAGGAGAUCAGCUCAAGGCUGCUGAGCGAGGAGUAAGCAGAGCGUAAGAGGAAUAGGUGCCCAAUCUAAAGUCUCUGAGACCCAUCACCAGUGAGCCAGUGGUCUGAAACAUCCAGGACAUCGUCAGACCUACCAAAGAGAAACAUCAGCUGGACGUAACCCUCUCAAGUGUGUCGACACGAGCACAAGUCAUGUGACCUGCCCUUUCUGUCUGGACGAUAUUGAAGGCUUCUUUGACUGAAUCAGGCUUAAAACACACAAGGCAGCAAGAAAAAAACAAAAUGAAUUUGCCGAUGAAAUGUGGAGAAUUGAUACAAGGUUAUGAGUCAUACCUUAAUGAAAUUUGUGUUGUUCUUUUGGUUGCCAUAACAGUGAAACUCAGUGUGCAGUGCCAAAAGACCUGUCUGUCCAACAGCGCACGAGCCUGCCAUCAUCAUCAGUCCUUACGGUUUGAACUGGACACCUAAGCCCUCGCUCUUUACCCACCAUGAAGUGCAGUGGUGAUGCUUUCAGACUGAACAAUGGUGUAAGCCGCUAUCCAGCUAUGAUGCAGUUUCAUACAGUUGUGAUUUUUCUCCUUAAAUGAUAAAUGUCUUAACUUUUCCAACCUGGUAUCCACACAUAUUUGAGGUGUUAAUGAGAGAACAAAAAAAACAUUAAAUCGAAUGCUGUGCAGUGCCUGCCUUCACUGAGUGACGUGGCACUGCAAGCAGUUUUAGCAUUCAA